GAGAACCUGAAUGGUCGCUUACCCCAGGACUUGUCCCUGACGACGCGCCAGGGUAUGCUGCUGUACAGUCCCACGGCCUAUCAAUUGCACCCGAACGAUUUGGUGAAGGGCUCUUUACGACUAGAUACGACACCCACACACACACACGGCUUAGAAGACGACACCCAAUCCCAGGUAUAG